CAAGAUGGCGGCGCGGUGCUCCACACGCUCGUUGCUGGUGGCCGUGGGGACUCCGCGGCUGCCGGCUGCAGCGGGGAGGGGUGCUCGGCCGCCCAUGGGGGGCGUGGUGGGGGCGUCGCUGGGCCGAAGUCUGAGCGUCCCCGCCUUUGCGCCUUCCCUGGGGGCUCGCGGUCCCGGGGCGCUGCUGACAUUGAGACCUGGUGUCAGCCUCACAGGAGUAAAAAGUUACCCUUUUCUUUGUACUGCCUCCUUCCACACGAGCGCCCCUUUGGCCAAAGAGGAUUAUUACCAGAUAUUAGGAGUGCCCCGAAGUGCCAGCCAGAAGGAGAUCAAGAAAGCUUAUUACCAGCUCGCCAAGAAAUAUCACCCAGACACGAAUAAGGAUGAUCCCAAAGCCAAGGAGAAGUUCUCCCAGCUGGCAGAGGCCUAUGAGGUCCUGAGUGAUGAGGUGAAGAGGAAGCAGUAUGACACCUAUGGCUCUGCUGGCUUCGAUCCUGGGGCCGGCAGCUCUGGGCAGAGCUACUGGAAAGGCGGCCCCACUGUUGACCCUGAGGAGCUCUUCAGGAAGAUCUUUGGGGAGUUCUCAUCCUCCUCUUUUGGAGACUUCCAGAGUGUGUUCCAUCAGCCCCAGGAGUACAUCAUGGAGUUGACAUUCAAUCAAGCUGCCAAGGGUGUCAACAAGGAGUUCACCGUGAACAUCACUGAUACCUGUGAGCGGUGUGAUGGCAAAGGGAACGAGCCCGGCACCAAGAUGCAGCACUGCCACUACUGCGGCGGCUCCGGCAUGGAAACCAUAAAUACAGGCCCUUUUGUGAUGCGCUCCACAUGUCGGAGGUGUGGUGGCCGGGGCUCCAUCAUCACGUCUCCCUGUGUGGUGUGCAGAGGAGCAGGAGAAGCCAAGCAGAAGAAGAAGGUGGUGAUCCCUGUGCCUGCCGGAGUCGAGGAUGGCCAGACUGUGAGGAUGCCUGUAGGAAAAAGAGAAAUUUUCAUCACAUUCAGGGUGCAGAAAAGCCCUGUGUUCCGGAGGGACGGUGCAGACAUCCACUCCGACCUCUUCAUUUCCAUAGCUCAGGCCAUCCUGGGAGGCACCGCCAGAGCUCAGGGCCUGUACGAGACCAUCAAUGUGAUGAUUCCCCCUGGGACUCAGUCAGACCAGAAGAUUCGCAUGAGCGGGAAAGGCAUCCCCCGGAUUAACAGCUACGGCUAUGGAGAUCACUACAUUCACAUCAAGAUCAGAGUUCCAAAGAGACUGACAAGCCGGCAGCAGAGCCUGAUUCUGAGCUAUGCUGAGGAUGAGACCGACGUGGAGGGGACAGUGAACGGCGUCACCAACACAAGCACUGGUGGCAGCACCAUGGAUAGCUCCGCAGGAGGCAAGGCUAGGCCUGAGGCUGGGGAGGACAAGGAGGGACUCCUUUCCAAACUUAAGAAAAUGUUUACCUCCUGAUAUCCCAGCCGAGGAAAACGGUCCACUGGAAACUAGGCCGGGAGCAGCAGCCCCUCCUUGUGGCCAGGGCAUCUCAGAUGCAGGAGGAUACCACACAGCAGCACCGAGCCCCUGCCUGCAGAGGCCCUCUAGACCACCUUGGAAACAGCAAAAUCAUGUGACAAUGCACCUCUCCAUGGAAGGGUCAUGGUGGACAGCCCCUGGGCAGUAAGGCACGGCAGGUCUAAGGGCUGGUAGUUUCCUAUCCAUGGGUAGGUAACUUGGCCUCUUCUGGCUCUGGCAGAGUCAGACAGCUGGACAUUUCUUGCAGAGCUAAAACUCUGAUUUGGAAUCGAAUGUGGUUAAAGAAUUAAAGGCCAUGCUUACAGCUUAAAAAUGAA